CUGGUAACAAGAAUUGAAAAUAUAUAAAUAGAUAAUGUCGUCAGCUCGGUGUCUUCCCACUGCUUUGGACAACACAUCAUACACACACACGCGCGCUGACGAGCGGUUCCUCAACUCAGGUGAGGUGAGCAGCGGACAGAUGUGGUCAGAUAUGCCACGGAACGGCAGUCAUCUGGGAUGUGGUGAUGGAGGGGACGUCAGAUACGAGACUCCACCCACCUCUGAACUCCAGAGAUUACUGUGGAUCAAACCGGGCACCAGCGGACACCUGGAUGAGGUCAGACCUGGAAUAUACAUCGGAGACAUGUACGCAGCCAAAGACAAACAUAUGCUACAAUCUUUAAACAUCACACAUGUGCUGAACGCAGCUCAUGGGAAGUUCAACGUCAACACGGGGGCGAGUUUUUACAGAGACACUAAAAUCACAUAUCACGGCGUGGAGGCGUUUGACAUGCCCUCAUUCGACUUAAGCCACUUCUUCUACUCUGCCGCCAAAUUUAUUAAGAGUGUCAUGAGCACCCCUGGAGGUAAGGUGCUUGUGCACUGUGCUAUGGGUUUAAGUCGCUCAUCAACACUGGUGUUGGCGUAUUUGAUGAUUCAUGAAAACAUGACGCUGGUGCAGGCCAUUAAAGCAGUUGCUGAACACAGAAAUAUCUGUCCAAACUCUGGAUUCAUGGAACAGCUCCGCCAACUGGACAAAAAUCUGCACUGUCAAAGCGCUGCUCUCUGACGCUCCACCAGUUACAUUGACAUUAUAAUGUUUAAUGUUUAUGAAAACGUUUUGACAAAAUACAUAGUUCAGAAAUGGUCUUAAAUGAAUAUUCCAAGUUCAACACAAGUGCCUCACUGUAACCUUGAUAAUCAGCAUUAUGCCACAAAUGCUGUCGAUUGAGCAUAAACUAUAUUGAACCCGGAAUAUUCCUUUAAAACACGACUUCAUUUUUCAAUGAAAAUGAUUUUGUAAGAGUUGUAUGUAAUUGAUUGGAUGUUAAAACACUAUCUAGUUUACUCAAGAUCUAAUCUGAUCCAACAAUACAAUAUAUUAAUUGAAAUACAAUACAGAAAUGCAGGGGCGUAGAUUUCGGGGGGGUAGGUAACACCCCCAAUAAUCCCCACCCCACAAUAUUUAUACCAUGAUUAAUGGAAGUAAAUGCUUCAUGCUGCAACUGUUCGGGUCAAAUUUGACCUGCCAUAGGAAAUGAAUGGGUGAGACUAUGACACAGAGCUUUUUUUUUUUUUUUUUUUUUUUUGUACAAAAAAAUAAAUAAAUCAGAUACAAUGCAGAACACACAUAAAUGAAGGUGUGAGACUAUAAAACAUCCACAAUGUGACACAUACACAAACACGCACACACAUGUACACACACAAACAUGCACGCACAGAUGUUCAAGCCAAAUCUACGCCCUUGCAGAAAUGUAACUACAGAAACAUUUGCUGUGUCAUACAUUUGUGUUGCUUGUAAAUGGCUUUAUC